AUGCCUCAUCUACGGCAAACCAAGAACUCCUACCAAAUGAUCGUCAAUGGCAAGCCUUUCAUGAUGUUAGCAGGCGAGUUGCAUAACUCGUCACUAUCAUCAGCAGCGUACAUGUCGACCGUGUGGCCGACCAUGAAGCACAUGAACAUCAACACGUUGCUCGGCUCAGUGACUUGGGAGAUGAUCGAGCCCGUUGAAGGUCAAUUCGACUUCUCCGAAUUAGACAAAGUGAUUCUCGGCGCCCGAGAGCAUGGUCUGCACCUGGUUUUGCUCUGGUUCGGUAGCUUCAAGAACGCACUGUCGACAUACGCACCUGCUUGGGUGAAGAGAGACGUCAACCGCUUCCCACGUGUGCACGUGCUGGACGACGACAGGAAACUCAAGACCAUCGAGCUAGUCUCGCCAUUCAACAGUAGAGCAUGGGAAGCGGAUGCCAGAGCAUUCGGAACCUUGAUGAAGCACCUCAAGCAAUUCGAUGGGGAGCAUUCGACUGUUCUGAUGGUGCAAGUGGAGAACGAGACCGGCUUGUUGGGAGACAGCCGUGAUCGCUCACGUGCAGCAGAUGUGGCUUUCAAUGCACCCGUGCCCUCGGAUCUGUUGGCACACUUGAAGAGCCAGGAACGCCUGCAUCCUAUGUUCGAGAAACGCUGGCCAAGGUUCCAGGCUACAAAGGCCGAGAACACUAGCUGGGAGGCUGUCUUUGGCAAAGGCGUUGCCGCGGAGGAAAUGUUCAUGGCCGACGCAUUCGCCAGAUACGUUGGACAUGUCGCGGCAGCCGGCAGGAAAGCAUACAACAUUCCCAUGUACGCGAACGUGUGGUUGAACUUCGAUGACCCUUCUGUUCUCGAUCUCGAAGGCAUACCUCUAGGCGAAGGCACACCCACAGUUGCUGGCGGGGGAGCCAAGGCUGGCGUAUAUCCGUCUGGUGGCCCAGUACCGCAUGCACUAGACAUCUGGAACUACCACGCCGUUGACGACACCAAGCUGAACUUCAUUGCCCCAGACUUGUACUUGCAUGACUAUGAUUGGGUGUGCAAGCAGUACACGUACAGAAACAACCCACUCUUCAUUCCAGAACAGAAGGCCGAUGCCUUUGGCGUUCGAAGAACAUGGCUGGCGUAUGGAACCUACGGCUGUAUGGGUUGCAGCCCCUUUGGCAUCGAUACCGUCGAGUUGGACCCAACAGAAUUGGCUUUCUGGCGUCGAAGCAACGGGCUGCUUCACUGCAUGAGGAGAGAGAUUCUCACUGUACAAGCAGAUCGGCCUGAAGAUAUGUUUGGAUUCUUCUUUGAUGAGUUGAAAGACGGCAAGCCUCCUGGUCAAUGGCGGAAAACAUUCGGUGAUAUGGAAGUCAUUGUUGAUCGGUCAUUCGUGUUUGGCCGGCCUGGCCCUGGAUAUGGCAUCGUCAUACAUCAAGGGGAAGGAAAAUUCCUCCUCAUUGGUAGCGGCUUCCAGACCACGUUCCGAAGCACCAAGCCUGAAUCAACCUUCACAGGCAUUCUGUCAUCGGAGGAAAAGAUGGUCGACGAGGACGGCAAACUGACGACUUUGCGGACGAUGAACGGCGAUGAGACUCGGAGCGGAGCGUUCUUCAUGAUGCCAACGGAAGAGCCAGAUUACGGUGGCUUCCCAAUCCGAGUAACGAUACCGGCGAGAACGUACAUUGCAGAGGUGACUGCCUACAGUUUGGAGGAAAACGCCGAGCACUAUUAG